AUGGACUGUGAGACAACUGAACGGCGUCCUCAAUAUCGGGGUAUAAAUGGUUACUUUCGUUUUGAUAUUUGUUGGAAUGUUGAUGAGGGCUGUCACUCAUGUGUUCAUCAUGCUUGGGUGGGCUCUUCAGGGACUACACUUGAGAAAAUCCAGUAUGUGGGAGAUUCUUUAAAGGAUUGGCAAUUUGAACGUCGUGAUGUAAAUAAAGCUAAGAUUGCCUCUGCCCGGUUACGGCUUGAUCAUCUCCUUUCCCGUCCACUAUCUGAUCUGGAGACGCUGGCGUUGGCUCGAUUGAAAGAGGAACUACAUCACUGCUCUUCGAUUGAGGAGGCCUAUUGGUAUCAACGGUCGCACAACAAUUGGUUGCAGCAUUGUGAUCGUAAUACACCAUAUUUUCAUGCACGAGCUUCCGAUCGUCACCGUAAGAAUUAUGUGCGAGGCAUUUUUACCAGUGUUGGGGAAUGGGUGGAUUCCAUUGAUGAGAUUCACACAGAGGUGGUCAAUUAUUUUUAUGAAUUGUUUUCCUCUAAAAGUACACUUUGGAUGACGAAAAUCAUCAAUUCAGUGCAAUCGGUGAUCAGGACUACGAUGAAUGAUUCAUUGGUGCAACCCUUUUCUGCUGAUGAGGUUUAUACAUCUUUCAGUCAGAUCCACCCAUCAAAAGCCCCAGGGAGGGAUGAUCUUCCAUCUAGUUUCUAUCGCUCUUUCUGGCCGAUUGUUGUGAGGACGUCAUUGCUUUGUGUGUGGGUUUAUUAUCUGGCCAGCCAAGUAGCAUUUGUACUAGGACGACAUGGAUCCGAUAACAUGUUGAUUGCCCAUGAAGUUUUUCAUCUUUUGAUGUCUGACACCGGGAACUAUUCUCGUGGGGCAACCUUGAAAAUUGAUAUAGAAAAGGCCUAUGAUCGUGUUGAAUGGCUUUUCCUUCGAGCUAUGCUUGAACACCUCAGUUUCCAUACGACUUGGAUUGCUUUUGUCAUGUCUUGUAUCACCACUGUCUCUUAUAGCAUCCGAGUUAAUAGUUCCUUAACUGAGUCUUUCAGACCUGCGAGGGGAUUGUGCCAAGAAGAUCCACUUUCAGCGUUCUUCUUUGUUAUUUGUGCUCAAGGCUUGUCGUCGCUAUUGCACCAAAAGCGACAAUUGGGACAAAUAUAA